GGCCUCGCUAGUGGAACCGGAGUACGUCUUCGGGUUGCGGGGGGGCGUGCACCAAUGCGUCGUGCAUAUAGACACCGACGUCAUCGCUUAUCCUGCCGGUGCGUUCCUCGUUCUGCACAACACCGUCACUCACGUGCAGUCCUUCCUCAGUGGGGCAGAAGAGGGUGCUCCCACGGCGCUCGCUAUCUCCUCCAAGAGGCAGUUCUUGGCAGUCUGCAGGGAAGGCGAGCCAGCAUCCGUGAGUGUGUGGGACAUGACGACCAAGAAGAAACAGAGGUACCUAACCUGCCCAGAGAUGACGAGCAACAAGUACGUGGCAGCUGCCUUCAGCCCAGACGAGAGAAUGUUGGCCGCUCAAGGAGGACCUCCAGAUUGGACCCUCGUUCUCUACCUGCUGGAGAAGGGAAAGGUAUUCUCUGUCUUGAGACUCAGUGACACACCGGGGCUGGGCCCCGUGGCCUCAGUGCUGUACCACCUGGAGGACAACGGGGUGCUCUCGGUAGUGGGCGAGAGGGUCGUCAAGCUCCUCAAACUGAACGACAAGCUCCUCAAGACCUGGGGAUACCAAGGGGGCCACAACCAUAAUUGUCACUGUCAAGUUUGGGCAGACCAGCACACGUUGCUCAUUGGGACAGACGUUGGAUCAGUCUUGCUUCUAGAAGAGGGCGAGUUAAGGACAGAAAUGAAGGUGUCUCAUCCACACUUGGGACCAGAAUGUGACAAGCGUUCCUCGGGCGAGGGAUUGGUGGGCCUUGGAGGCCGAGGUCCAGGGCCUCGGCACCGUCGAGUGACAGCCCUGGCUGUCUUCAACGGCGGGUUCCUGUGCGCCUGUGGACCCGACAAGAUCUUCGUCUUCCAGAAGAGUGACGACAUCAACGAGCAUUACGUCCAGCGUUUUAUGCUGAGGCUGUGCGAAGCCAGCCCUGCGUCAGUAGUGAGCGGCCGUGGCGAACACACCAUCACUGUGCUGUCACUCUCCCCUGGGGAGAAGACCAUUAUAGCGGCGACCCACACGUCGCAGAUAUUCACCAACCCUCUGCCUAGCCUGGAGCCCUCCAAGCUACCCAGCCUGAUGUUCACUCCCCUGCACGCCAAACACCACGAAGGAGGCAUCGUGGACGCCGACACCUGCCUCUGGAAGCCCAUCGUGGGGUAACGAGGGAGGGCAGGACAGAGAGGUACUGUUGAGGGUGUGGGUAACUUGUUUCCAAAAACCCAACCGGAGCCUUUCCUCCUCUCGCACGCCUUCAGGGAGGACAUCUUCUCCCUCAGCGCACAUCCUUCGGGUCUGCAUGUGGCCGUGGGUAUGACAGACGCCCUCAGGCUGCUUCACGUCCUCUUCGACUGCCUGAGGACCUACGUAGAGCUGAAGAUCCGGAGGUGUGCCGUGAGCAACUUCUCUCCUUCCGGGCACAUGUUGGCUGCCGCCGACGGGAAUCUCCUGGUCAUCACCUCCAGCGUAACUUUCAAGAAAAUGUGCACACUCAAGGGACACAGCACUAAGAUAACGGGCAUAGGAUGGUAUCCAGACAGCUCUGCUGCUAUCACGUGUGCUGGAGACGGCUACGCUGUGGCUUGGGACAUCCUGAACUGCGUACGGUUGUGGGAGGUUGGUUCGAUAACAUCUCCCACAUACCUCACUUCUGCGCUUUCCUUCGAUAACAAUCCGACUUUGGUCACUGGAAGCGGAGGGUCUUGCACGGAGGUCACCGAUGGCCAGGCGGUGCAAGACAUCCAGUACGGAAGUGGUGACCUCAUUUGCGCCAGCCUGGCUCCCGUAAGGUCACUGAUCGCCCUGGGCACGAGUUCAGGCAAACUGGUAAUGAACAAGUUCCCAUUACACCUGGCAGAGUCCUUCUCCACCGUCUUCGGCCACUUCGGUGCUGUUGUGAAGGCCCUCGUCACCAGCGACGAAGGGCGCGUCGUGACCUGCGGAGGCGACGGGGUCGUCGUGGUUUGGAAGAUCGUCAUGGAACAGCAGGAGACCCCUGAGUAUCUCGCUGCCCGGGAGAGGCUCGAGGACCUCCCUCAGAUACUCGAGAUGUUGGUGUCCAGGGAAGAUCUGAAGGGUAAACAGGACUACACGGAAGAACUGGAACGCCGCGUAUCCUACCUAGCGAGGGACAAGGAAGUUCAUCUCGGUCUGCAACAGCAGGAGUUCGCCGCCAGCAAAGACGCCCUUGUUGCUAGGUACAACCAGAUCUUGGACCAGAUGAACGACACGAUACAGACGUUGGAGAGGGAGCGGGAGAGUCUCAGGGGGUCCCACGACGUAGAGCUGAAGAAGGUGACGGCCGCCCACGACACGGUCAUGGCCGAGCACCAGCUGGAACUUCGUCAGAAGCUCCUGUACGAGUACUCGAAGCAGGAGAAGCUGGAAGUCAAACUCAAGGAGAUGCAAAGGACGUUAGACAGGCAGGUCCAAGAAGCCGAGAGGAGGACGCGAGUCGAACUCCAGCAGCGUCUGGACGAACAAGUGACCAUCGUGCAGCAGCUCACAGCUGAUUUAGAAAAGACGUCAGCGGAGCUGGAGCGCGAGCGAAGCGAGGGAGCAGAGAUCGUGCGCCUGGUGGAGGCGGCAACAGAGGUGGAGCUGGGUCAAGCGCGGGCGGCCCUCCACGCCCAGCUGGCCGAGGAACACACCAACGUCAUCAGGCUCAGGAGCGAGAUGGCCGCCCUCAACAAGAAUCACGCCACGAUCCAGCGCGAAUGCGAACAGAAGGACAUGGAAGUGAAGGCCCUUGGAGAGGAGAGGUCCAAACUGAACUCUUCCAUCCGAGGCCUGGAACGGGAGUUGGCUGCCCUUAGGAAGGAAGUCAACCACAGGGAUGACGUCAUUCACGAUAGGGAGAGUAAGAUCACCACCACCAGAGAGCGCAUCGGAGAGCUCGAGAAACAGCGGUUCCUCCUCGAGCACCAGUUGAACCAGCUGAAGGAGGAGCUCGAACCGUUGCAGGCUGCCCUAGACCAAAGGGCACAGCAGAUCAAGCAGCUGGAGGAUGAGAUGACAGAGACGAGACUUGUCGUGGGCGCCAGGGACAGACAAGUGAAGGACCUGAGCCAGCGCUUAGUCACGUCCAGACAGCUGACUCGACACCUUCAGCAGAGACACCAUUCCUUGGACACCACCCUCACGAGGGUGCUCUCCGACGUGGCCACGGCUGCCCAGAUGAUACAUCAUCCCAAGAAGCUCAAGGAACUGGUCAAGAGUCUGAAUGACAGAUACGUCAGAGGAAGUCGUGACAAACAGUUCUGGACGAGGACAGAACUCGACAAACCCAAGUCACCUGAGGAUUCGGCAAUGAUGGACGCAGGUGGUCCUGGAGAGGAAGCAGUGCCCGAACUUUUGAGACAGAGGGAGAUGCUGGAGAGGUCAGUGGCCACCUUACGUGCCCAGUCCCAGAAGCAGACUCGUGCCCACAAGGAUAAGGUCACCAAGUUAGUCCAGGAAAACAGCGAACUCCUGGAAUCAGUGCGGAAGCUGGAGGAGAGAUGCUGGCGGCAAGAGGAGGAACUCAAACAGGCCGAGAGCAUGGCGGGUCUGAGGGACCCCAGGUCUGGAAAACGACGGGCUUCCAGGGACUACUUGAUCCAGACCGUCACGCGGCAGGCAGACACCAUCGCCAGGCUGCAGGAACAGAUCAGAAUGCUGCACGGGACCCCGAGAAAGGACAUCGGCAGAGGACCCGAGAUUCAUAUGCCGACGUUGGACGGCAACUCUGCCGAGAGCGACAAUGGGCUUGGGAAGACGACGAAAAUCCACAUUCCUGGUUUAUAAAAGCGACGAAAAUUCCACAUUCCUGGUUUUCCAAGAUGACGAAAAUCCACAUUCCUGGUCUAUAAAAGCGACGAAAAUUCCACAUUCCUGGUUUUCCAAGAGGACAAGAUUCCAUAUUCCUGGUUUUCCAAGAGGACAAGAUUCCAUAUUCCUGGUUUUCCAAGAGGACAAGAUUCCAUAUUCCUGGUUUUCCAAGAGGACAUAAUCCACAUCCCUGAUUUUCCAACAGGUCAAAAUUCCACAUUCCUGGUUUUCCAAGAGGCCAAAAUUCCACAUUCCCGGUGUAGGAAUGAAAGCAUUGAAAAGAUAGAAGAUGCGAUAUUGUAUAACCGGAGGAGUUGCAUAAACUGACUUAAGCCAAUUAGGUGGCCGGGAAUUGUGAUACAUACCUGUGAUAAAUCUCUGUUUUGUUGAUUGAUUGAUUUAUUAUCACUGGCGUCGGAUUGACCUGAGGUCAUCGCUCGGUUUAUGUUGAUAUCAAUCUUCUUUGUUGACUGUAAAGCUGAUUUGCUUAAUUAGUUUAUAUUGAAUGAGAAUGUAAAGGCAUAUUUUAUCCUUGUCAUUGAUAUUUUAUGUUCAUUUACAAAGGACUUAGCCUGUUAAUCUUCUUCUGAGCUUAAUUCCGAGUUGGGGUCGCUUCCUGGAGCUUAAUCUCUAGUUGGGGUCGCUUUUUCUGAGCUUAAUCUCUGGUUGGGGUCGCUUUUACUGAGCUUAAUCCAUAGUUGGGUUGGCUUUUUCUGAACGUAAUCCCUACUUGAGGUGGCCUCAUCUGGGCGUAAUCCCUAGUUGAGGAUAGCCUCUUUUGAGCCUAAUCCUUAGUGGGGAUCGCUUCUUCUGAACUGAUCCCUAGUAGGGGUUGCCGUUUUGAAUCAGCCUCUUCCAUCGUGCUUCCAACACUCACCGAUUACACAGUGUUUUGACAGGAACUUCUGUUGAUAAAUCUAAUAGUUCAACUGAAAUAUUGUCCCAGUGAAAGGAAGGAAUUCACAAGAAGCUCGUCUAAUUCCCCUCGUGGCUUCGAUCCAAAAGGGAUGAUUGCCCUUAAUGAAGCCAUUGUAGCUUAUGAGUUUCAUUAAUGAAUUGACUCUGCGUCGUAGAACUUGUGUAGUGAUGUGCUGGUGUAGUUAUUGUGUAGUAUUGUUAAUUCUGCUUUUAUACUUGUUACGUAUGUCAGUCAGAGAGUAUAAUGUAUUGUUUCAAGAAUUAAAUCUUAAAUGAAGA